GCAUUUACAAACAACCCUAAUUAUAAGAAACUGGUUGGGCUCCCGCCUCACUCACACUCUGUUUCCGGCACCGUUUCUCCUCCAUCCCACUCCCCUUUUCUUCUCAUGUUUCACUAGUUUUGACAAGGAAACGAUCGGGGUGGUUGAACAUGAAUAAUCUGAAGUUGUCCUGGGAGGUAUGGUCGGAGGUUCAGCUGCAGAGGGAGAAUGGAGAAGAAUUUCUCCGGUUUUCUGCUGUGGACAUGGAGCGCAACCGCCUCUUCUUUGCUUCCUCCGCCAACUUCGUGUACGCCACGCAACUACCUUCGCCUCAAAUUGACGGAGCAUGGAAUAAGACCUUGCCGCCUGCUUCAGCUCACCCGAUUGAUUUGGAAACUGGAGAUUUUAUUACUUCUUUGGAAUAUCUCAUGGAAAAGGAAUCCUUAAUCAUCGGAACUUCGCAAGGACUUCUCUUACUUUAUUCAGUGGAGGAUAAUACAACAGAGAUUGUUGGUCGGGUCGAAGGUGGUGUCUGGUGCAUUUCACCAAGUCCUGAUGGAGAUCUACUUGCUAUGAUCACUGGUUUUGGUCAGGUUCUAGUUAUGAAUCUUGAUUGGGAUCUAUUAUACGAGAUGCCACUUGAUGAUUUGCCUGAAGAUGCUGACGUACAUGAAUCAGUGCCAUCUGCUGAUCAUUCCUUUGAGGCUUCCAUUUCAUGGAGAGGUGAUGGGAAAUUUUUUGCGUCAUUGAGCAAGGUGCAUGAUUCCUUUCCCAUGCGUAAGAAGCUUAAAGUUUGGGAACGUGAUUCAGGGGCUCUCCACUCUGUCUCAGAACCGAAGCCUUUCAUGGGAUCAAUAGUGGACUGGACCCAGAGUGGAGCAAAAAUUGCUGUUGUCUAUGAUCAAAAGGAAAAAAAGCAAUGUCCAUCUGUAGUUUUAUUUGAGAAGAAUGGUCUAGAGAGAAGCUCAUUCAGUAUCAAUGAGGGAAUGGAUGUGACCUUAGAAUUUCUAAAGUUCAACUGUAACUCGGAUCUUCUUGCUGCUGUUGUCAGAGGCGAAACGUUUGACACCCUCAAGAUAUGGUACUUUAGUAAUAACCACUGGUACUUAAAGCAAGAGAUCAGAUAUUCGAAGGAGGAUGGCAUAAGAUUUAUGUGGGAUCCCACUAGACCAUUAAAGUUGAUUUGUUGGACUCUUGGUGGCCGAAUUAUAACUCACAAGUUUGUCUGGGUUACAGCUGUAACGGACAACUCAAUAGCAUUUGUCAUCGAUGGCUCAAAGAUAUUGGUAACCCCCUUUUCUUUGUCCUUGAUCCCCCCUCCUCUGUUCUUUUUUGACUUAGAAUUUCAUUGUGCGGUUCGGGAUAUGGCCUUUUGUUCUAAAAUUUCCCAAAAUCAACUGGCUGUAUCUCUGUCAGAUGGAAGUUUGUGUAUUGUGGAGCUUCCUCUGCUUGAUCAGUGGGAUGAGCUGGAAGGCCAGACAUUUAAAGUUGAGGCUUUGUAUCCUGGUAGAGACCAUGGGUCUUUGCUACAUCUUGCUUGGUUAAAUUCACAUGUGCUUCUUAGUGUGUCUCAUUUCAGUUUUGCUCAUAGUAAUUGCAGUAAGGGAACAUCCCUUGAUGGGGAUGUGCGUUCAGGAUAUUACCUGCAGGAAACUGAGAUAAGAUGUUCUGAAGAUCGGAUUCCUGGUUCAGUGACAUGCUCAGGAUGGCAUGCAGAAAUUUUUCAUCAGCUUUAUCUUGAAGGGGUGGUAAUUGGUAUUGCACCUAACCCGCUUACUAAGUAUUCUGCAUUUCUUCAGUUUGAUGGUGGAAAAAUAUUCGAGUAUAUGUCAAAGUUGGCUUUGAACAAGGUUGUUGACCUUCAGAGAUGUGAUGACAUGUUUUUCCUAUCAUCCUGCCCAUGGAUGAAUGUUGCCCCAGUUAGAGCCUAUGCGAAAGAAAAGCCGUUGCUUUUUGGGCUUGACGACAAUGGAAGACUACAACUUGGGGGAAGGAUAUUGUGUAACAACUGCAAUAGUUUUUCUUUUUAUUCAAACUCUGGUGAGGGGAUGAUGACGCAUUUGGUGAUUGCAACUAAACAGGAUUUACUGUUUAUUGUUGAUAUGGGUGAUAUUUUGCACGAGCAACUGGAACAGUAUGAGAAUUUCCUUCCUGUUGUUGUCAAGAAUAAGAAGGGAGACACUGAAAGUAUUUUUAUUAAUCUAUGGGAAAAGGGGGCCCAGAUAAUUGGAGUUCUCCAUGGAGAUGAGUCUGCUAUCAUACUACAAACACCUCGAGGUAAUCUAGAAUGUGUGUAUCCCAGGAAAUUAGUGCUCACUUCAAUCGUCAAUGCUCUGGUUCAAGGGCGGUUUAGAGAUGCCUUGCUGAUGGUAAGGAGGCAUAGGAUUGAUUUCAAUGUCAUUGUUGACCAUUGUGGUUGGCAAGCCUUUAUCGAAUCAGCUGCGGACUUUGUCAGACAGGUUAACAAUCUGAGCUACAUCACUGAGUUUGUUUGUGCCAUGAAACAUGAAGAUAUUAUGGAGACACUGUAUAAAAACUAUACAUCUUUACCUUGCAUAAAGGGCAAUAAAAAUAUUAGACAGCGAGAACCAAAGAGUACCAAUGGUGAUAACAAAGUAUAUUCUGUCCUGCUGGCGAUACGGAAGGCUCUUCAGGAGCAAAUUGAGGAAACUCCUGCCAGGGAGCUUUGCAUUCUGACUACUUUGGCUAAAAGUAGUCCCCCAGCUCUGGAGGAGGCUUUGAGGAGAAUAAAGGUCAUUCGAGAAACAGAGCUGUCUACAGCUGCUGAUCCACAGGCAUCUUAUCCUUCUUCCGAGGAAUCGUUGAAGCAUUUGUUGUGGCUUUGUGAUUCUGAGGCAGUGUUUGAAGCUGCUUUAGGCCUUUAUGAUUUAAAUCUCGCUGCAAUUGUUGCAUUAAAUUCACAAAGGGAUCCAAAAGAAUUUCUGCCACUUCUUCAAGAAUUGGAACGCAUGCCAACACUUUUGAUGCAGUACAACAUUGACCUUAAAUUACAAAGGUAUGAAAGUGCUCUGAGGCACAUCGUUUCUGCAGGAGACCCUUAUUAUGAAGAUUGCAUGAACCUGAUGAACAAAGUUCCGGAACUUUAUCCAUUGGGACUUCAGUUGAUUGUUGAUCCUCGUAAGAGACAGCAAGUUCUUGAAGCAUGGGGAGAUCAUCUUAAUGCCACAAAAUGCUUCGAGGAUGCGGCUACCACUUAUUUGUGUUGCUUUUGUUUGGAAAAGGCAUUAAAGGCUUAUCGUGCUUGUGGUAAUUGGAUGGGGGUUCUGACGGUUGCUGGCCUUAUCAACCUUGGGAAGGAUGAUCUUUUGCAGCUGGCACGUGAACUUUCUGAGGAACUUCAGGCCCUUGGUAAACCAGGAGAUGCUGCAAAAAUACUCUUGGAGUAUUGUGGUGAUGUUGACAAUGCAAUUAGCCUCUUGGUGGAUGCAAGGGAUUGGGAAGAGGCUCUGAGGAUUGCUUUCUUGCACAGAAGAGAAGACCUGGUUUUAGCAGUGAAAAAUGCCUCUCUAGAGUGUUCAAGCAUGCUUAAUGGGGAAUACAAUGAAGGGGUGGAAAAAGUUGGCAAGUACUUGACCCGCUACCUAGCGGUUCGCCAAAGAAGAUUAUUACUCGCUGCAGCACUUAAAUCAGAUGAGCAACCUCAUCUUGAUGAUGAAACUGCUUCACAGGCUAGCAGUAAUUUUAGUGGAAUGAGUGCUUACACCACAGGAACGAGAAAAGGUUCAAGUGCUUCAACCUCCUUCAGCACAUCCACUAAGGGUAGAGGUCGACAACGAAACAGAGGGAAAAUUAGAGCUGGAAGCCCUGAUGAGGAGAUGGCUCUAGUAGAGCACUUGAAGGGGAUGUCUCUCACUGAAGGAGCAAAAUCUGAGCUCAAAACUUUGUUAAUUUCUCUGGUAAUGCUAAGGGAGGAAGACGCCGCCAGAAAGUUGCAACGGACAGCUGAGAAGUUCCAGCUCUCUCAAAUGGCAGCAGUAAAGUUAGCAGAGGAUGCAAUGACAACUGACAAAAUCGACGAGCAUGCCUUCACUUUGGAUCGAUACGUUGAAAACCUAGGAAAGGAAGUGCAGAAUUCAGAUGCAUUCUCUUGGCAGUCAAAAGUCUUGGCGUGAUGCUGCUAUGUUUAAUUUUAUCGUAUCUGAUAAUGAGUCUAGUUGGAAGAUUGCAUAGGAAUGUUGAGACCAAGGCUAGCUGACUGAUUUUGUUCCGUUCUUAUGACAUUUACGAAUAGAAUUCUGUUUCAAGAGAAUUUAGUAUUUCUUGGAAAUGUGUUAUAAUGAAAUCGCGGCCCACACUAUACUAAUGGGUACAAACUUAUCAUAUGCCA